AAGAAGCUUACAGUUCCCUCUCUGUCCCUCGCUGACAAUCCUCUUCACUGGAGAAAUCUCCGCUGAGAUCUCCAGCGACAAAUACCUGCAAUACAAAGUUCUGUGCGUUGUGUUGGUGAUCACCUGCAGUCAUGUGUGACCAGACGUUCGUGGCCAUCACUUUUGGCCCCUGCGACAGCUGCGGGACCAACAGACCUCUGAUGAACAUCUACAUCAAGACUGAGGCCAUCAACUACUGCUCCUUCUGUGUGGAACUGAUGGCCUGUCAGGGGCUCGUGAAGGGGGAAACCCUGGCGUCUCUGAAGAUGGAGACUGACAGUCUGAAGAAGAAGCUGGAGGUGGAGCGAGGAAAACUGAACGACGUGGAGCUGCACCAGGUGGCUGAGAAGACGGAGGUGCUGGGGGCUCUCUCCAUAAAGACCAAACGUGUCCUGAAGGGUCAUGGGAACAAGGUGCUCUGUAUGGACUGGUGCAAAGACAAACGUCGUCUUGUCAGCUCCUCACAGGAUGGAAAAGUGAUUGUGUGGGAUGCAUUCACUCUUAAUAAGGAGCAUGGGGUGUCCCUGCCGUGUACGUGGGUACUGGCGUGUGCUUAUGCUCCCUCAGGUUGUGCUGUGGCAUGUGGUGGACUGGAUAACAAGUGCUCGGUCAUCCCGCUGUCGAUGGACAAAAAUGAGAACUUGGCUGCGAAGAAGAAGUCGGUCGCCAUGCACACCAACUACGUAUCAGGCUGCACCUUUACCAACUCCGACAUGCAGAUGCUGACCUCCAGUGGUGACGGCACAUGUGCCUUGUGGGACGUGGAGAGCGGGCAGCUGCUGCAGAGUUUCCAUGGUCACACAGCUGAUGUCUUGUCCCUGGACCUCGCCCCGUCUGAAACUGGAAACACUUUUGUCUCCGGGGGCAGUGAUAAGAAGGCUAACGUGUGGGACAUGCGCUCUGGACAGAACAUUCAGUCUUUCGAGACCCACGAGUCCGACAUCAACUGUGUAAAGUACUACCCCAGUGGAGAUGCUUUUGCUACUGCUUCUGACGAUGCCACCUGUCGUUUCUAUGAUCUACGAGCUGACCGUGAAGUCGCUGUCUACCAGAAGGACAGCAUCGUAUUCGGUGCUUCCACUGUGGACUUCUCCCUGAGUGGUCGCCUGCUUUUCGCUGGUUAUAACGACUACACCAUCAAUGUGUGGGACGUUCUGAAGGGAACUCGUGUCUCCAUCCUGUUCGGCCACGAGAACCGUGUCAGCAGACUCAGGUUGUCACCUGACGGCACCGCCCUCUGCUCGGCCUCAUGGGACAACACCUUACGGAUUUGGGCCUAGUGUUCGUACCACGGUUGUGAUGGAGCAAAGAGCAGAAGUGUUAUGUGACUGCCAUGACUGCAAAACCCUGCUGGACAUCAACACCGAGAAAAUGAGAACACGUUUCUCUAUGACAACUCUGGGCUCGUUGUUCAUUUGAACAAACACCUCCUUGUGUUCAGAUGUCUAAUCUUUGUUAUUGAUAGCUUGAUGACUGUAUUAUUAAUUAUGGAGUUGUUAAUAUAGUGGGAGUUAAUUUUCAGUGUAAAGAACUGAAACAAGUUGUAGAAGUAAGCUCUGCUGUGUAGACACACACACACACAGAGUAGCUGCUUAUUGUCCUGUACAUUAUACACACUCCUGUCAGCCCUCCAAGAGAACCACACCUAUCCUGAAUAACACUGUUAUACUGUAAUACUGGUUUUACUGUUGUUACUGCUGUCCCCAUGGUCCUAAAGAAGACAACAUGAAGUAUAGCCUACUACUUUUCUGAUCUCUAAAUGACUCAAACCUCAGCCGUUCAUUUCUUGAAACUGUUCUUGUGAGAAUAAUAAAGAAGAUAAGUAUUA